CUCACCAGCGCCAUUUACAAACGAAUUUCUACACUGCCUCUCACAUAUCGUCAGUCAUGUCUGACAGAAAGGCUGAGUUAGAGAGAAAAAAGGCUAAACUUUUGGCUUUGCGCGAAGAAAAGAAGAAAAGGGAGGAGAGCAAAAAACCUGAUAUAGAUGCAAUCGAUAAACAUCAAACAGCAGACGAUUUGUUGAAAGGUCUCGGCUUACCUGCUAUGCCAUCUUCAUCAAGCUUGAAUUUACGCGAAUUGGAGUCACCGUCUAGUACCAUAAGUGAUGGCCUUCCUCGUGUUCCAAAAAAACGAAAGAAUCUACAAACUUCGGAAAUUUUUGAAGUUGUCAUAACAUCGGAAGUAAUAGCUUACGACAAGGAAACACAAACACUGGAAGAACCUGAGGAGCGAGAAACAGCAGAUCGUUCAACUGACUAUUAUGUAUUGACAUACGAUGAAAGUAGUCGAGAUGAAGUCGAUGCAAAAGCAGCAUUGGCUGAACUUGAAAAAAUGCCACAUAUUGGCGUAUCACGAGUUGGACAAACUGGAGUUGGCGUCUUAGACAAAAUCGAUGGAAUCCGUACAGUCAGUGAAGCAGCAGGUGAUGAAGGCGCCUUAAAUGAUCCGGAACACACUGAAGUGAAUACAUUAACAGAAGAGGAGAAAUCUCGGAUUAUGUCAUCAGAGUCAUUUUUACGCUUCUUUCAGCGUUCCUCACGGAUUGUCGAACGAGUGUUAUCGCGUAAUGAAGACCUUUUUCAAGAGUAUACAGGUGAAGAUGAUCACGAGGCCAAGGAAUCUGAUGAAUUGCUGACUGUGUCACUAGAGUUUUUCGAUGAUCGAUGGUCUAAAAAUCGUAAAGUCACCGAUUUGGAUUGGUCAACAAUAUUCCCUGAGUUAUGCCUUGCAGCGUAUAAUUCAAAUGAACAAAGUGCUCAUGAACCAGAGGGGGUGUGUUUAGUCUGGAAUAUUAAAUAUCCAAAGCUAAAAACUCCAGAGCAUGUAUUCCACUGUCAAUCCGCUGUGACUUCAGCGAGUUUAUCACGUUUUCAUCCAAAUAUUGUUGUCGCUGGAACGUAUUCUGGACAGAUUGUUCUAUGGGAUAGUCGGGUUUUGAAACGUACCCCAGUUCAACGCAGUCCACUAACAUCAUGGGCUCAUACACAUCCAGUAUUCGCAAUCACCUUAGUCGGUACACAAAAUGCGCAUAAUAUAAUAAGCCUGGGAACAGAUGGAUCAUUAUGUGCAUGGAGCUUGGAAAUGUUAUCACAACCAAGAGAGAAAACUAAAGUAUGCGAAAUGUCCUCCGGUGGUUUAUUCGAUGUCUACCCGACGUGUAUGUCAUUCUUUGCUAACGAUGUGAACAAUUAUGCAGUUGGAGCGGAAAAUGGGAAUGCUUAUUGUGGACAACGGCAUAGUAGUCGAACUGGUACUGCUGACGAAUCUUCGCGUCAUGUUACUUACAAAGGUCAUAAAGCACCUCUGACAGCCAUAUCGACUCAUCCAAGUCCGGGGGCUUUUAGUUUCUCUUCCUUUUUCCUCACCGCAUCAUUUGAUUGGACUGUACGCUUAUGGUCUACCCGGGAGAAUAAGCCAAUAUACACAUUCGAUGACUAUUCAGACUAUGUUUACGAUGUGUCAUGGAGUCCUGUACAUCCAGCUGUAUUUGCUUCUGGUGAUGGGACUGGAUAUAUCAGUGUAUGGAAUGUAAAUCAAGAGCCUGAAGUGCCUGUUGCUCGUCGUAUGCUAUUGUCAUCCAGUAAUAUAGGUGUUCCGUCCACAUCACUAUCCUCAUCCAUAUCAGCAGUUGAUGUAGUCUCUAUAAAUAAAUGUCGUUGGCAUACAUCUGGUUCAUACUUAGCCGCUGGUGAUGAUAUUGGUCGUGUCAGUAUAUGCAAUGUUCACGAAAGUCUUUCACAACCAAACACUGAAGAUUGGUCAACAUUUGCACAUGUGCUGGCUGAUUUUAAACACUAUGAAAUGGAGCCUGAGAUGAUCGAUUCUGAACAUCAACAACAACAACAACAUUUUUGAAUAAAACAAAGAAAAAAUAAAUAAAUAAAAUCUUUCUUAUCUCACUCAUCAUUGUGUUGAAAUCUCCUCUCAGAUAUAAACUAGUAUGAUUACUAUUAGUAUUAUUUCUCUGCGGGAAUACAAUGUCUCUGAUAUAUAUAUUUUUUCUCUGUUUGUUGUAAUUUAAAUGGAGCUGUCCCCCUUUUUACUUAUUUAUUUCAUAAUAUUAUCAAAGUAUUUUCUUUGGUUUGUAUGGAUUACACAUUAUUAUUAUUAUUAUUGUUAUUAUUAUUAUUAUACGGGUAGAGGUAUUGCUACAAAAAUGCUCCCUACCGCUCCUCCUACUACUACUGUGGUGUUUAUUUUAUUCUUUUUUUUAAAUUUUUGUUUUGACUUUAUUUAUUUUUAUUUUAUUUCACUUUAAGGAGUUUUUUUGGUUUUUUUAAACAUGGUGUUACAUGGACUUCACUCACUCACUACGUUCGCAUAGAGACAGGCGGAUAGAAAGAGCCGCCAGACGGGUGAUAUUUCUUUAAUAUUUUCAUUUUUCUUUGUUGCACACUUCUUUAGAUAUCAGUGAUAAAUAAAUAAAUAAAAACAACAACAACAACAACUUGAAUUGAGAAUAUUUAUAUAAUAUAGCUUGUGAUUUUUAUUGUUAACUCGCUACUCCCGCUACUACUGAUGUAUGUAACAACAGAAGAC